AUGGAGUGGUUACAGCAUACUGAUAAGUCAUCACAGACUAGUGGAAAUGUGAACGCUGAUGGUGCUGAUGGAUUUAUGGCUAUCGGAGCGGCGAUUAGCGACGUCGGAUUGCUGAAACUCGUCCCAGAUUCCGGUGACGUCCCAGCUGAACCGUUCGCUGUCGUCGCCGGCGACUGUGAAACAGCGGCGAACAGCAGCGGAGCCGUUCGCAGUAGAUCCGGUGAUGUGGCGAACGGUUUGAUGGUCGAUGGUGAGUAUGACGAACCGUCUGACGAAGUCGGAGACGUCAAGAACGACUGCGUUGGAACUUGUUGCUUAAGCUGA